GCACAGUUGUAAAAAGUGUUUAUUUUGGAUACGCGUCGAACGAAAAAAGCACAACAGUGCGCAACAGUUGAUAAUGUUAUUCGCAUAAUAAGUGUUAUUCACAUAAUGUUAAAAAUGGUUGAUUGAUUUGCAUGAUAUUACUAUUUACGUCACAAGGAGUUCAAUGUGAUGCAAGAGGCAUUCCACUAAAGUAUAGAUUAUAUUCGUUGUUCGGAUUGCAUGUGACAUCUUGCUGCUGAUCCACAUUCGUUCCACCUUCUUACCAAUCCACCCCCACCUUGGUAUGACCUUUUCGCAGUCAUCGAUUCCGACAUGUUUGGCACAUUUGAUCCUGGCCGGUGUAACGGGCUGGUCCCUGAAACAGAUACCCACCAACACGAGCAUCACCGGCAAUAACAUCGAUACCUCAAGUCCAUUCAUGUCGAUUUUGUUUGUCUUCCUGUUGCUGCACAGUUUACUGGGCAUCUUUCGGCACAGCCACCCAGAACCGCACAAAAACCUACGUAAACUCUACGAACUUUCUGUACUACUAGCUGUUGUGUUACCUGUUCCUUUGUUAAACGUACAACUUUACUACAAAUAUUAUCUGAGCGAUGCUGUUCAUCUGCUUGUCAAUGGCUAUUUACUGGGAACGGUUUUUGUUCCGUUCCUUAUCGGCUUCAUCUACUCGGAGCUAAGCCGUCGACACAUCAGUGACCGGGCCACCUCGGUAGCAGCGGUGAUCAAUUUGAUCGUGCUGCUGUGGUUAUCAUUGGGCAACGAAAACUAUUGGGGUGUCGGCCUGUGUGUGUCCUACGCGAUGAAACACUUCGCGCUGCCGCAACUAGCCAACCGUUACAGUGUCCCGUUCAUAGAUUUGUACACCUACGGGCUUGGAUUCUUUGAGAUUUUUGCGGUCAACGUUAUCAUCGAUGCCGAUCUUUACCGCACAGAACUGGUAGUUCAGUAAAACUCGCUUGUUUUUCUAUGUAGGCUUCAUACACAUAUUCCAUGAUUGUUUAGCAGUAGCUCUAUUACACAGAUGUAAUAAUCCAUUGGCGGGAUAGGUAGUAGAUUAAGAACUUGUUAUACACAUUUUUGGAUAUUUGUAUGCAUAUUUAACUUUGGCGCGCUUAAUCUAUUGACCAGAAUAGCAGAUAGCUUCAAUAUUUUAUAUCGCUUAUGCUCAUGAAACAAAGAAAUAGAGUUUGUAAACUUUUUAUACAAACCUCGAAACAAAUUGCGGAUCAAUUCCAAUGAAAAUCUAUUCAUAUACAGUUUAUACACUCGAAGUCGUGACAAAAUUCACAGAACGAUGUACUAUUUUGAAUACAUAAAGGAUGCUUAUUGAA